AAGAUUCUCAAGAAUUUGAAACUGCCGAACCAAUAUUUGACCAAAAUUUAGAUGUAUAUUAUAGCAACGACUUUGUUAUUCCAUUUCAAGAUAAUGAUUUUGAGUUUUACCAUCACAAAGCUUAUUUAUGUAUGAUAU